GUAUCAGAAGAGUCAAAUACAACAGCAUCUCAUUUGACACCUGAUACUAAUACGGGUAAGUGCCUAAUCAUAAUCUCUUCUUUCUUUCCUUCUUUCCUUCCUUCUUUCCUUCUCCAAGGGGUUGAUAAGCUCCGGAGGCGACUCAGCGUUUGCACUUUGAAAAGAAGUGCGAGCUCUGCAUUAGCUCAUACUUUCUUGGUGCCAAUAACGCUUGUACGAAUGUCGCACCCUCUUCCCGCCAGAAUAUGCUAUUACUCUCUGACACUGUAUUAGGAAGCUGGUCAAGCGCCGACCACCCUGCCCCUUUGGCCCUUGCUAUGGCCAGUCCUCGUUUCACCGUUUCGGUAUGGGGCAAGGACGGCGAGCAACCCGAGCAUACAGCUGCUAGACCUUUCAAUACAGGGUCUGAGGGAUUCCAUAAUAUUCGAGGGGGGCAUGAAGAUGCUCUUUCCGUAGAAACCCUUCAUGGAUCAAUACCAAGUGCAUCUCGAGAUGCACAAGGUAGCUGGAUUCCGGACACUGCAACGGGCCAGCGAGGACUCGCUCCUGACAGUCGCCUUUCCGGAGACACAAUCAGCAUCAAUCAACUAGCUACAUCGCGGAAAUCAGACGAGGUAAAACAGAACGUCGCCUCUUGGGUUUCAGACACCGUCAACCAGACAAGCAGUUUCUCUCACGGACCUUCAUCGGAGGAACAUAUAACUCGCCCCGUUGACGAAUAUGACAACAUUCCGGCGGCUGAAAUCCCGCUUGGCCACACGACUGUCAAUAGACACAUACCAAACCAGGUCUAUUACCGUGAUGAACUCAAUGCGGACCUGGUCGCUGAAGGGCAUGCCAGACGCUUCAAUCGGACCGACCUCGACUUACUGCCUACGCGCAAUUGGGACAAUGCACCAAUGAUUCAUCACAUAUCUCAGAUUGACGAAAGGCGGAACCAACCCGAGAGUUCACAAGCCGCGAUUGAGAAGUUCGAAAGCAUGUGCUACGACAAUGCCUCAGUGGUGUCUCGUGCAGCUACGUGGGGCACGAGACGCAGAAGCAUGCCUAGUAUCAUUGAUACAGAAGGCGUCAUCAGUGGAGGUCUUUUCAAGAAACUGUCGCUCAAAGCAAGCUCAUCUCGUCGACCGAGCCUGAUAAAGAAUAUCUCCAAUCUUGUGAGAAGACCUAGUCACAAUCAGCUGCGGAAGCGUAAAGGAAGCAAUGGCGAAGCACCAACGCCUGACGACUUUAUUUCGAAUGUUCGACGGGAAUCUCGCGAUAGUUUGGCUCCACCAUCCCGUAGCCCAAGCUGGGGCAUACGACAGAAACCGAUGCCGAGUUUAAACACUGCAAUCGUUGGCAUGGCUACCGGUGCUGCAUCGAUUGGAGCUUCACAUGCUCGGACCAGCUCAAUCAGCGCAUCGGCUUCGCCGAAAACUUCAUUCGGUCUCGCUCCAGUUAAAAACACUCUCAGGAGGCCAAGAAGCAAAACCGACAUACCAAAGUCAGAGUCUGCUCCCCCAAACAUCGUGGGCAUGCUCAGGAAAUCAGGCGGCCCACCCGUUGCACAGCUGGCCAAAUCACAAUCUCUCCUAGAUCAAGAUGACGACGAGGAUGAAGAUGACGACAAUUAUGACGACCCUGAUAUGAAAAUUGAGGCCAGCAAGGCAGAAGACAUUGUUCCGACCUUUGAUGGAUUCAAACAACACAUCCUCAAACUUAACCCAUCUCUCGCAAAUGCAAAUCAGUAUCUCGUCGAUCGCAUCGCCCAUCAAAUGGUCGUGCGCUUCAAGAAUCUUCAAACCCAGAAAAUCAAACAUCUGAAAGCAGCCCGCUCGAGACACUGUCAAUCGGGUACUUUUUGUAUUGAGGCUGGUGGCCAAGCUGUUCCUCUGGACACUAGAGCGGACAUCCGCGGCACUAAUCCCUUGUCUGUUCGACCAGACUCAUCUGAUGGAGAUCUGACACCUCUUGAAGGUGGCAUCAAUGUAGAAACAUUCCCUGCUGGCAUUCCUAUGCCACCCACUGGUGUUCUACCUGCUGAAUUUGAAUGCCAAAUAUGCUUUGCGUCAAGGAGAUUUAUCAAGCCGUCAGACUGGACCAAACAUGUUCAUGAAGAUGUUCAACCUUUCACUUGUACCUGGGAUCGUUGCCGAGAUCCCAAAAUGUUCAAGAGGAAAGCUGACUGGGUUCGUCAUGAAAAUGAAGGUCACCGUCAUCUGGAAUGGUGGACUUGUGAUGUUGAGGAAUGCAAGCAUACCUGCUAUAGGCGCGACAACUUUCUACAACAUCUUGUCCGUGAACAUAAAUUCACUGAACCUAAAGUAAAAACCAAAGCUGCCAUUAAAAAGGCUGGUGGCACUGAUCCUACUUGGCAAAAGGUUGAGAGGUGCCAUAUCGAGACACAAGCACGACCACAAGAGGAGCCUUGCAGAUUUUGUGGCAAAACAUUUCCUACAUGGAAAAAAUUGACCGUUCAUCUGGCUAAGCAUAUGGAACAUAUCAGUCUUCCCGUGCUGCGUCUUGUGUCCGCGAAAGAUUUGAACGAGGACACCAUCAUUAGCCCAGUGCAGGAUCUCCCCCCACGAAACUUUGGGUUGCAGACACCCGUGAAAACAGAAGCUCCUGUAUUUAGUCCCCAGCGACCUCACGCAUUUUCGAACCCUAUCGACUAUAGUCCACACGGCGCCCUCGAAUUCCAGGCGACUAACCCUGCUCAGAUGCCACCACAAUUUUACAACCAACAUCAGACCGUCUCACACUUUGACAGCAUGGGUCAGAAUCCGUCGGGUGUCUUGAUGAUGCCCCAAGUCACCACCGGAUUUGCGCCUCAACAAUAUCAGACGAUGCCGGGGCCGGUGACCACGGGGCCUUCUUAUGGGAGUUCGUUCAUAUCCAUACAGCAGAACCAAUUGGAGCCGUUUCCUGCCUUCAAUAAUCCUCUCGGUCUUCAUGACACAAACGGAGGUCAACUUUCCUAUGAGACAAUGGUAACCCCGGCGAUAUCUAGCGUCGACCAACACAGUAACCCUGGCUCGGUAUCGCCGUAUUCCCGCUCUCCGUACCUAGCCAACAGCGGCUUCUACCCUUCGUGAUGGACUCAUGUCGAUGACAACCCAAUCUUGAAUAGAUUUUGGACAUAGGCGCUAUUGUAAGCGCUACUUCUUUUUAUGUCUUUCGUUUUGCUACGUAAUUUACGAUAUCCACUCGGCGUGCUCUGGAAGGUUUAUGUAUUUCCUCAGAUAUCCUUACUGUUUCAAUUGGCUGCAUUGAAUUUAUGUUCUGCAACUACGGAUGGAUGGAGUACGGAAAAGGUUAUUCUUAUCAAGUGUUGGGAUUUUGUCUGCUAGCCAAAUUAGGG